AAUACAAAUCGAUUCAGUACAGUAUCGAUAGAUGUACAUUGGAGGGGUGGGGGCUAACAGUUUAGUCAAGAUUUAGUGACAGCAUCGUAUUGAAGAAAAUACAGUUAGAAGAGAUUCAGAAGAAUUGGAAAGUAAUGAGUCAACAAUUUUCUAUCUCAAUGCAUGUAUACAUGGUUCUGGCAGACAGCCUGUCAGACUAAUUCGCAGUUAUCGAUUCCACGCAUACGUGGAAACGCACCUUGUGUGUUACAUUCGUAGGAUGGGUGGACCGUAUCUUACACGCCACUUCACCGAAAUAUAUUAGAAGAAAUUUUCACUGGAACCAGAAUUCUUUGGUCGCAUCGUUUGUAGAAUCACAAAUGAAUUCUUCGAGACAGGUGCACCGGGAGGAGCCAUUUUGUAUGGAGCCGAAAAUUCGUCGCAGACCAUUUCGAUAUAAAAGGAUUUUUGCAUCGCUUGCCAACCGGGAUGAAAGCAGCAAAAACUGUGGGUGCAAGCACGAAUGCGAGGUGCAGGCGGAUGCGCCGGUGCACCACCAGCUGCAGCUGCCAGUGCUUCUACUACCGCCACUGAUACCAGCACCGUCGGUGCUGCUACUGCCACCGCCACCGCCGUCACCGCCGUCACCGCCGCCGCCGCCACCGCCACCGCCGACGUCGUCGUCGCUGGUGCUGCUACCGUUGGCAGAGGUUCGCAGAGCUGUCCACCUCGUGGCAGUCGACACUUCCUACCGGACGGUGGUAGUGUCCAGGCGCGCUGGACACACGACGAGUUGCAGCCGGUCGCCGCUGCUGCUGCCGUUGUUCAUCGAGCAUAAAGAUUAAAAGAG